AUUUUUGAAAAUCAAAGUGUUGGAGAAAAAAAAAAGCCUCAGCAGCUUAGAGUCCAUCUCUGAUCUGUGAUCAGAAAGUUUUCUGUAAUGGUUGUAGCACACUGUGCUGUCAGACCAAAGCAGAAUAUGAGAGAAAGGGAUAAAAACUUUUGCAAGUAUUUAUAAAAGUGGUUGUAUACUGAGGCACAGAGGUGCCCAGUCCUGCUUUAAAGGACACUUUAAAGUACUGUUCUUUAAAGGAGAGUUGAUGCUUUUUGUUGAUGUUUAAUCAAGCAUUUCUGUCCAGUCAGGUGAACUUGUGUAAUUAUUUUAGUACACUAAUGCUGCUCUUACCCUGAGGCUGCAACAAGGACCAGCCAUGUGCCUAAUACUUUGGUAUGCACGUAUGUAGUCCCGAUUAUAUGUGGAGGAACAUGAAUUGUUGUGAACAAAUGCAAGAUCAGAGCCACUGAGGGCAAUUUGUCCACAGAAUCACAAUAUGGACCUUGUUAUAUACCAGGGGUUUUUUUAUUAUUCAUUGAUGGAAUGCAGAACAAUAUCAUUUUCUUUGAAAACAAUUCUGCACUGUCAGAGUGGAAUAUUUCAGCUUCUGUUAUUGUCUGUCAACUACUCAUAUUCACUAGUCCUCAAUCUCUUUCGGGGUUUGAUAAUUUUUAUACUUUCUUUCAGAAUAACCAAUAUAAUUUGACCUGGUAAUCAACAAGUUGAGUGCCAGAACAAUCCUUCUGUCUGUCUUUCUCUGUUUUGGCAUUUAAGAAAUUGCAAAAGUCGUGCUUUGGGCAUCCUUAUUUUCCCCCACAUUCCAAUGUGCACAAAAUAAUAAACCUGAAGGCACUGAGGGCUACUCAUACCAAAGAAUUGUUUGUUCUGAAAAGAAUGCUUGGUACUUGGAAACUCUCUCCUGUGUAUAUACAGCUUUGUCUUAAUAGGACACUACUGUCUUGUGGUGAAAUUGAGGUGUUUAAAACUAUAUUGCUGACCCAAUUUUGAAGUAGAAUACUCUGAAAGAGAGAUUAUGAUUCGUAUAAGCAAUUUGAAUGUUUAUCCUACAUAAUGGUUUUUGAAUUUUUCAUAGAUGUGUUUUGUAAAGGUCUUGUUUAAUUCCCUUGAGAGCUUGUUUGGAGAACAGAGGAGGUGAGAGAGUGGACUUAGACCUAAUGAAUCAAUAAAAGCAAAUUUUCAUCUGCUGCCACUAGAACUUAAAUUCACAAAGCAGCCUGUUUCCCGGCAGCCGGGAAUGCCGUGAAGCAGCCUCAGCCUCUGUCCCACUUCCUAGAAGCGAGCGGCGGCGGUGAGAGCACGGUGUCGCUGGUAGGCCAGGAAGCACCGUCUGUUGCAAUGACUCCUGUAGAUACCGUAACUCCAGUACACGCAGGGACAGCCCCCAGACCUGGUGCCACCUCUAUAAAGCAACCUGCUCCGGCCACACAUCUUCCUUCAGCCGAGGCAUCUGCUGGGAGAGAUGCAGGUGUGCCAGCAGCACAAGAGGAGAAAUGUCAUUUGAUUCACUGAAGAUUUAAAACCGAUAGAGUCAUGUGGGAGAAGACGAAAUUUUAGUCUCAAGUGACAGAAUCAAGUCUUAAGAAGUAAAGAAGUUUGGAUGGUUUCUCACUAAAUGGAAGGUAUAUAGAAGACCUCUAAGACCACUGCAUCUCUCCAUCCGACUCCUGCUGCACAGAGACUGCACUCUUGGCCUUGGACGUUAAUAAAAUGCUGGAUUCAAUCAAGUGUGUUCUGGUGGGAGAUUCUGCAGUUGGGAAAACAUCUCUCUUGGUACGUUUCACCUCUGAGACUUUUCCAGAUGACUACAGACCCACCGUAUAUGAAAACACGGGAGUGGAUGUCUUCAUGGAUGGUGUACAGAUUAGCUUGGGCCUUUGGGACACAUCUGGCAGUGAUGCCUUUAAAGGCAUUCGUCCCCUUUCCUACCAACAGGCAGAUGUGGUAUUAAUGUGCUACUCAGUAGCAAACCACAAUUCCUUUCUGAACCUGAGGAACAAGUGGAUCAGUGAGAUCCGCAGCCAUCUGCCCCGCAUCCCCGUUUUGGUGGUGGCCACUCAGACUGACCAGCGUGACGCAGGUCCCUACGGUUCCUCCUGUAUCAGCCCCAUGGAUGGAAAGCGGCUUGCCCAGGACGUGCGAGCCAAAGGCUACUUGGAGUGCUCUGCCCUCAGCAACAGGGGGGUGCAGCAGGUGUUUGAAUAUGCCGUGCGGACAGCGGUCAACCAAGCCAAAAGGCAGAACAGGCGGAAGCUCUUCUCCAUUAAUGAGUGUAAGAUCUUCUGAGGACUGGUUUUGCUCACGUUUGUUCUUUAUGUUUUCUCACAAAGAUACUGCAGCAGAGAGCAUGGGAGGUGAAAUCCUCCUGGCAGGACCACAGUGCAGGUGCCUCUUCUGAGACAGAUGUGCUCUUUAUCUGAUCCUUUCCCCUCCAAAACACAUGGGUGCUAUCUUGAAAAGUGAAAGGUGCAUACCCUUAUUCACAAACUUGUGUUUAGACUUUGCUAGCCUGAACUGGAGCAGUCUUAGCCUGCAGAUCUGCAGAGAACAACAGUACUGGUUUUGGUUUUGUUUCUGUCAGUCUUCUUCAGUUGUUGGUUUAUCUGCAUUUAUUUAAUGACAAACUUCUGCCUGGAUCAGCCCCCACCUCUGUCCUUGUGGAUUUUUUUUUACUUAAGAAGGUAGUAAAUAAAAUCUGACCAAUGUGUAUUUUAUGUAGAGGACUCUUGUAUAUAUUGUUGUAAAAUCCCAAAAGUUUGUUUUAAUAUUUUGGAGGUUCUCCCUUUAGCUAACCACAGGAACUAAUUGUCCUAUCCAUGUAAUAAAUGGCCUGCAGGCAAGCCUAGCACCUCUUAGACAUGCCUGAGUCAUUGCAUAACAGUCAUCAGUAUGUCCAGCAUAAGAGUAACCAAAACUUAGUGACAUUUGACAGCUGUCCUGCAGUUUUGUGAGAUUUGUUACCUUAAUAUUGUUUCUCAGCAAUGUGGUCAAAGGUGGGAAACUAACCUGAUUCUUCCUAGACUUCACUGGGUUACAGCCUCAGCAGGGCUUGCAGAUAGGGCUGGUUUACACAUAAGGUUGGGCUGGUAGGGAUGAAUCUGUGCUACCAUCACUUCUGUUGUCCCUGCUGUAAUUCUGGAGGCAAAAGAGUUCACGCUCCAGAUAUGGAAGAUAUUUUUUCAUGAGCACUUAAAUUCUCACAUAUUUUUAGUACACUUUUUUUUAAAGCAGUGGUUUUAGUGAAACCAGUCACCUACAUUAGUAAAAGACUGAGCACAUAGCAAGGUCGAAUGUGUGUCUUUAGAAUGGCUAAAUGACUUUUUUUUUGAGUUUGCAUGCUAAGUAUAACUGCCUAGGUUGUAUCCAAGUAAGACUGAAACAGGCUUUACAUUCUGGGGAGCCUGUCAAGUCUAGGAGCUAAAUCCUGAUGUAUGUACUGGGGCCAAGUUACCCUCCUGCACAGAAAGGCAGGCUAAGGAAAUGGAAACUUCAGGUGUGUAAGAUAAUUCUGCUUGAAGAUGAAGUGGGCUCAAGACAUAAUGCUGUACAUUCCUUGUGAAUUGUGGUGGUUCCCUCCUCCUCAUAUCUGUCCCCUCUGUCCUGCAGCCUCUCUCAGGUCUUGCAGAUCUUAUCCCAAGAGAAUUUCUUAGUGCAGUGAGAUUUUCUUUGUUCCUUUCCCUAUCUUUCAGCUAGCUAAGAAUUAACCUUUGAGAGGCUUAUAUAGCAUGGUGCCAUAAAAGAUGGCACAUAGCACUGUAGGAUUAUCACACCUGUGGUGAAGGUAGCAAGUAUUUACACUCUGGGCACCUUGAUUACCAGUAGGGCAGGGAACACCUGGUGUUGUGAUUGCCCUGCCAGCUUCUGGACUGUUUUGGUUUGAAAAGACAGGUAUCUGCUAAGGAAGGCAGAAACCUCCCUUGAAAUGGAAAAAAAAAAUUGUAAACCA